UGAGCGGCCCGGGGGUGUUUGCAGGAGGGUUUCGGAGCGGGGGCUGCGGCUGGAGCUGUGAGAUGGCUGCCAAGGUGUUCGAGAGCAUCGGGAAGCUCGGCCUGGGCUUGGCUGUGGCGGGUGGAGUCGUCAACUCCGCUCUUUACAACGUGGACGCGGGGCACAGAGCUGUGAUCUUCGACCGCUUCCGGGGGGUGCAGGACGUGGUGGUGGGAGAAGGGACCCAUUUCCUGAUCCCCUGGGUGCAGAAACCCAUCAUCUUCGACUGCCGCUCGCGGCCCCGCAACGUCCCCGUCAUCACCGGCAGCAAAGACCUGCAGAACGUGAACAUCACGCUGCGGAUCCUGUUCCGGCCCGUGACGGCGCAGCUGCCGCGCAUCUUCACCAGCAUCGGCGAGGACUACGACGAGCGCGUGCUGCCCUCCAUCACCACCGAGAUCCUCAAAUCCGUGGUGGCCCGUUUCGAUGCCGGUGAGCUGAUCACGCAGCGGGAGCUGGUGUCCAGGCAGGUCAGCGAGGACCUCACCGAGCGAGCGGCCACCUUCGGCCUCAUCCUGGACGACGUGUCCCUGACCCACCUGACGUUCGGCAAGGAGUUCACAGAGGCGGUGGAGAUGAAGCAGGUGGCGCAGCAGGAGGCAGAGCGCGCCAGGUUCAUCGUGGAGAAGGCCGAGCAGCAGAAGAAGGCGGCCGUGAUCUCGGCGGAGGGUGACUCCAAGGCUGCAGAGCUGAUUGCCAACUCGCUGGCCACGGCUGGGGACGGGCUGAUCGAGCUGCGCAAGCUGGAGGCGGCCGAGGACAUCGCGUACCAGCUCUCGCGCUCCCGCAACAUCACCUACCUGCCCUCGGGCCAGUCUGUGCUGCUGCAGCUGCCCCAGUGAGCCAGGGGGGAAAUACACAGCCCCCACACCCCCCCAAAAAAACAAAAAUUAAAAAAAAAAUCAUCGCAGUUUCCUCGCGGAGGAAAAGGAAAUUUGGAAAUUGGAGGGAUUUUAUUUUAUUUUAUUUUUCGGAUGGGUAAUGGAAUAAAAAGUGAACAGGA